ACACAUACUAGAAAGACCAUUGCUUAAAAAUUCUUUCAGAAUUGUUUCAGUCAGUAGUUAAUUAACAAUCUCGGGAAGUAGACAUCGGAUUUAUUUUCUCCUCAAGAAAAAUUAGUUUCCCUGCUUUUUUUUCCGAACCAUCGCCUAAUUCACAAAUUAUUUACAUCUGAUACAUUUUCAAUUUCCGAAUUGGGGACCACUAUAAAUGAGCGUUUUAAGUGGGAAAUCGUAUUAAACGGGAGCGUAUUAACCGGGUUCUACUGUAGUAAUUUCUACUAAUUUUUGAAUUAGUAAAUUAUUAAGAUUUUCUCUAUGAAAGUACAGAAGGGAGAAAAUUUUGAACGAGAUUGUUGGUGAUUUAAAGAGAUCAUGGAUGGAAAAAUUUAUGCUGAGAAGGUGAAAAAUCCAAGAGAAAAGGCAAAUCCUCUCAGUGUUCUUUCAUUCUCAUGGAUUUUACGAACAUUUUGGCUGGGAUAUAAAAGAGAUUUGGAAGUGAGUGAUCUAUAUAAGCCUCUUAAAGAGCACACAAGUAGUAUUUUAGGUGAAAAAAUAACAGAAAUAUGGCAAGCAGAGUUCAAACGAUUAAAUAAAACUAACUUUUCCGAAACACAAAGCAAUGACUACAAGAAAGAUAAUGGAGACGAGAAGGAAUCAAAAUUAAAAGAACCAAGCCUACUACGAGUAUUGAUAAAAUGUUUUGGAGCAAAAGUAAUGAUGUACGGAGUUUUAUUGGCAGUUAUGGAAAUUGUUUUAAGAGUAAUGCAGCCACUGUUUCUAUUUCGUUUUUUACGUUUCUUCCGCCCUGAUCCGGAUAAACCAAUAUCGUACUCGGAUGCUUAUCUCUAUGCGUUUGGAAUAAUUUUAUGCUCGGCAAUUAAUAUAUUUGUAAUUCAUCCGUACAUGAUGGCAAUUUUACAUAUGGGAAUGAAAAUGCGAGUGGCCUGUUGCACACUAAUCUACAGGAAGGCACUUCGAUUGUCAAAAACUGCCUUGGGCGAGACAACAAUUGGUCAGGCUGUCAAUCUCCUCUCAAAUGAUGUUAAUCGAUUUGAUUUGGCAAUUAUUUUCGUUCAUUAUUUGUGGAUUGGACCAUUGGAAACAAUUAUUAUUACGUAUUUUAUGUACCAGGAAGUUGGAGUUGCCGCUAUUAUUGGAGUCGCGACACUUCUUCUAUUCAUUCCAUUACAAGGUUUUUUGGGUAAGAAAUCAUCAGUAUUGAGACUGCGCACUGCAAUUAGAACUGAUGAAAGAGUCCGAUUAACUAAUGAGAUAAUCACUGGAAUUCAGGCGAUAAAAAUGUAUACAUGGGAAAAACCGUUUAGCGCUCUUAUUGAAAAGGCGAGAAAGAAAGAAAUUCAUGUCAUAAGAGCAACGUCAUAUAUUAGGGGUGUUAUUAUGUCCUUCAUUAUGUUCUCAACUAGAUUAUCACUCUUCAUAACAGUUUUAGCUUAUGUACUCUAUGGUAAUCAAAUCACUGCCGAAACAGUUUUUAUGUUGACUGCUUAUUAUAAUAUUCUUCGACAAACAAUGACCGUCUUCUUCCCUCAAGGAAUAACACAGAUAGCAGAGGCUAUUGUAUCAAUAAAACGUCUACAAAAUUUCAUGCGCUAUGAGGAAGUGGCGGAGAGAAAAGUACAAAAGUUUGAGAAAAAAAUAACGAAAAUCGACGAAUUUAGUAGUGAUAAGAAUUUUGAAAAAUUGGAAGAACACGAGGGUUCAGUAUUAGUGAAAAAUGGCUGUGCUAGAUGGUUAGAGAGUGACAAAGAAGAUACUUUACAUGGUAUUAAUUUACACGUGAAACCCCAUCAAUUAGUUGCAAUUGUCGGUCAAGUUGGAUCAGGAAAAUCGAGUUUAUUGAAUGUUAUUUUAAAAGAAUUGCCACUUAACGAAGGGCUUGUUCAGGUAAAAGGUAGUAUUGCCUACGCAAGUCAAGAACCAUGGUUAUUUGCAGGAUCAGUUAGACAAAAUAUUUUAUUUGGUCGAAAAUACGAUCAAUAUCGUUACGACAAAGUGAUAAAAGAAUGUCAAUUAAAACGAGAUUUCACCUUAUUGCCUUAUGGAGAUAGAACAAUUGUGGGUGAAAGGGGAAUUAGUCUUUCCGGAGGACAACGAGCCAGGAUAAAUCUUGCUCGAGCAGUCUAUGCAGAGGCGGAUAUUUAUUUAUUGGACGAUCCAUUGAGCGCAGUUGAUGCACACGUUGGAAAACGAAUGUUUGAAGAUUGCAUCGAUAGGUACUUAAGAGGGAAGACGAGAAUUCUCGUCACUCAUCAAUUGCAGUAUUUGAAAAAUGUCAACCACAUUAUUGUGUUAAAGGAUGGAAUAAUACAAGCCGAGGGAACCUUCAGGGAAUUAAUAGAUUUAGGCAUUGACUUUGGCCAACUUUUGGAGUCGCAAACACAAGAAGAAACAAUGAAUACCUCUGUGGUGGAGAACAGAUCUAUAUCGCGACAAGGAAGCGUUAGUUCCAUUAGCUCUUUCAAUCCAAAUGACACCGCCAAGGCAGGCGAUCCGGCAGAGGUAGAGGAAACAAGAACCAAAGGCAACAUUGGUGGAUGGGUUUAUGGCGGUUACUUUAAAGCAGGAGGAAAUUAUUGCACGAUAUUUGUCGUAUUCAUACUUUUCAUUUUAUCUCAACUCGCUGCCAGUGGUGGAGAUUAUUUCAUUGCCUUCUGGGUAAACAUUGAGGAAAAUUCGAGCAUAAAUGGAACUGAUGUGUCAAACUGGAAUGGUCCAUUUUCUCGGGAGACUUGCAUUUAUAUUUUCUCGGUAUUAACUGUCUUGACAGUGACAGUGACAUUAAUGCGUUCAUUCUCAUUUUUCCUCAUGUGCAUGAGAGCAUCGAAGAAACUUCACGAUACAAUGUUCCGUUGCAUUAGCAGAGCGACAAUGAGAUUUUUCAAUACCAAUUCAUCAGGCAGAGUACUUAAUCGAUUCUCAAAGGAUAUGGGCGCUAUUGAUGAAAUAUUACCAGUUGCCUUGAUCGAUUGUGUUCAAAUUGGUCUCUCUCUUUUGGGAAUAAUUGUCGUUGUCGCUAUCUCUAAUUACUUCCUCCUGAUACCGACCAUCAUUAUUGGAAUUAUUUUUUAUUAUCUAAGAGUUUUCUAUCUCGCGACUAGUCGCAGUGUUAAACGACUCGAAGGUGUCACUCGUUCGCCAGUAUUUGGUCAUUUGAACGCAACUCUACAGGGAAUGACGACAAUCCGCGCAUUUCAAGCGGAAGAAAUUCUCACAAAGGAAUUCGACCAACAUCAGGAUUUGCAUUCGUCAGCAUGGUUUAUAUUCAUAGCAUCUUCACGAGCUUUUGGUUUUUAUUUGGAUAUUUUCUGCCUCCUCUACAUUGCUCUGGUUACUUUGAGUUUUCUUGCUUUUGGAGCAGAGGACGAUACGAAAGCCGGAAGUGUUGGAUUGGCAAUAACUCAAAGUAUCGGUCUCACUGGAAUGUUCCAGUGGGGAAUGCGACAAAGCGCAGAAUUGGAAAAUCAAAUGACAUCAGUCGAACGAGUACUGGAGUACAGUAAAAUCGAAAGUGAACCAGCCCUGGAGAGUAAACCAGAAAAGAAGCCAAAGGAAGAAUGGCCAGAAGCGGGAAAAAUUGAAUUCAAACAAGUGUACUUACGAUACGCACCGGAAGAACCGCCGGUGCUGAAAAAUCUCAAUUUUGUGAUUAAGUCGAGGGAAAAAAUUGGUAUUAUCGGACGUACCGGAGCAGGAAAAUCGUCAUUAAUCUCAGCUCUAUUUCGCCUUGCGAAUGUUGAAGGACAAGUGGAAAUUGAUGGAAUUGAAACAGGAGAAAUUGGACUUCACGAUCUUCGUUCAAAGAUCAGUAUAAUUCCUCAAGAACCGUUUCUAUUCGCAGGAUCAAUGCGCAAAAAUCUUGAUCCUUUCAGUGCUUAUGAGGAUAACGUUCUAUGGCAAGCUCUCGAAGAAGUUGAACUCAAAGAAAUUGGACUUGAGGCACACGUUAAUGAAGGUGGAAGUAAUUUAAGUGUUGGCCAAAGACAAUUGGUGUGUCUAGCUAGGGCCAUUGCUAGAAACAAUCCAAUUUUGAUUCUCGAUGAAGCCACUGCCAAUGUUGAUUUACGAACCGAUGAAUUAAUUCAAAAAACAAUUCGAACUAAAUUUGAAAAAUGCACAGUACUUACAAUUGCUCAUAGAUUGAAUACCGUUAUGGAUAGCGAUAGAAUUUUGGUAAUGGACGCUGGCAAUGUUGUGGAAUUCGAUCAUCCACAUUUAUUGAUGCAAAAAACGAACAGCGUUCUAAAAAGUAUGGUACAAGAAACAGGAAAUUCAAUGGCAGAAGCUUUAAAAUCAGUAGCGCAAAAAAGUUACGAACUUCAUCAUAUAUCGACAUCUCUUUAAAUUUUAAAAAUUUUAGGAAUUUUUAAAUAAACAAUAAUUCGCAUGUGACGAAAUAGGACAUCGUUCAUAAAUUUAUUUAAAGACAAAGUUCUCUUUUUUUUUUGUAACAGAUGUUAAAAACUGUUCUCGUCACGUAAAAGUUGGUAAUAUGCGACCAAUCAUUGAAAAUAUACUUUCUAUAUUCAAAUAUAUGAAAGAAAAAGAAAGAGAAAACUAGAAAAAUAAAUUAUUCUUUCAAAAUAUAGAAAAAAAUUAUUAGGUCGCAAUUAUAGAGACGCGGGUAAAGACUCAGUAUUAUUGUAUAUCUGUUUUUUUUUAUUUUGAUUUGUCGCAGGAAUAAUAAUUCAAGUGUACUUAGUCACUUUUGUAUUGUUAAGUUUAGUUUCUUUUUUUUAAAUUACAAUAACAAACUCUUUAUUUUACGAUUAUGAAUAACAAUGAAAGAGUCUAUAGAAUAAUGAGAUUUUAAUUCAUGUUGUAUGUGUUUGAUUUGAAUGAUAUUUUUAAGAGAGAAAAGAAAAAGUGUAUAUGUGAUUAAUAGACUGAAACAAAUUGUUCUCGGGUGCUUGAUAGGAAUUUUAACCAACUUAAACAGACUAUAAAAUAACUUAAAUUAAAAAUUUUUAAUUUUUAAAUUUAAAUUUAAAUUUAAAAUUUAAAAUUUUUAAUUAAAAAUCAAAUUUCUUAACUCGAGUAUUUUAAUACUCUUUCAGAUUUUUGUGAUUUAUUUAUUAUUCGUUUUUUUUUGUAAAAUUAAAUGUGUUUACUGUCCAAAAUGAAUAAUGAUGGACCAAAAAUAUAGGACAAAAGUUUAGGAUAAAAAUUUUGUUUAAAUUCUUUUAGAUACGUUUUCAUAUCAUAAACCUAAUGUAUACUCAUAAAAUCACAAAUUUUAUACGAGUAUUUCUGAUAGAAGAUUACAUAUUGUAAACUAUUCAACGACUUUUGUAUAAAAGAAAAUCAAUUGCAAAAAAAAAUUUAUAAGUUCCUUCUAUAUUUUAAUAUGGUUCCAUAAUAUUUUUACUUGUCCACAAAACUAUUUAAAUAAUACAAAAAUAUUUGUAAAUAAGUAAAAAAGAAGAAAUCAAAUUGUGGCUGUUAAUGGCUGUUAUACAAGAUAAUAUCUAUCUUGUAUACUAUUUUGUUAUGUAACUUUUUAAACGAAUAAUUUUAAGUAAAAGUGCCUGUACAAGAAUCAUGAAACAAAUAUAAUAAUUAUUAUUUAACUUAA